AUGGAGGAUAUUGAGACCUUCACCCUCCUCCCUAUCACAAUCGACCCAACCUCGAAAGCAAUCAUUACAAGCUCAAACUCCCGCCCAUUAAACAAACAACUCUCUUCUUUGAACGAGCUCCAUAAGACGCUCCUAUCCAUCGAGUCGCCCAUCCCCCCACCACCUGUCCCAGUCAAUCCAAAACGCUCAGCGCAAAUCACCAAGCUCCGCGAAUCAGGCAAUGCCUCGUUCAAGCAAGGAAAGCACAACGACGCCAUCAAGAUGUACACUUUGGGUCUGCAAAUGGCGCUUGGAAGACCCCUGUGGGAGCCCUGUGGAUUGGUGAGAGACGAGGUCGCAGGCUUGUAUGCGAAUAGAGCGCAGGCGCAUAUGGCGCUGUCGAACUGGCCGGAGGGGUCGAUAGAUGCGGAGGCCAGCAUUGAGGCGAAGAAGGGUGCGAACGCGAAGGCCUGGUGGAGAAAGGGACGGUGUUUAAUGGAGAUGGGCAGGCUCAACGAGGCGAAGGACUGGAUUAGCAGAGGGCUAGAAAUGGAAGGCUCUGAGGCCGAUUUAGUCGCUAUUCUGAAGGACAUUGAGGAUAAGCUGAAGAGUAAGAAGGCUUAA